GGUAAAUUCCGGUCAUUUCGGACAGUUUUUGCCAUCGAAAUGGCUGCUCAUAAAGGUACUAAUGAUCAGUAAAUGUUUGUAAACAUUUACAAUUUAUUAAUAGUUUCCACUUUAGAUUGGGUACUGCAAAAAAAUGGAUUAUUGUAAUGCAGGCUAGAGCCUAGAUGCCUAGAUCUGGUCCCGGGGUCCAGUGUCCCUUUAAUUCAUGUGACAGUCAUUGCUCAGGUGAUAUUUCAGUUUGUUGAGUUUUGAUGAUUUAAUUCAAAGUUGGUUCCUUCUGGAAUUAAUUAAGAAUUAAUUUAAGACCUUUACUGAUAAAUGAGUGCCCAACUACAGGAUUAUUGUGUGUGUUGGAACAUGUCUGCUGGUGCUUCUUUAAUCAGAGAUUUUAUUAUUAUUAUUAUUUUUUUUUUUUGUUCUCAGAUGGUCAUAAUUUAUGCUACUUUGUAGUUUUAAUCUGUAUGUAAAUCCCUUUGAUUUUUAAGAGGAAGGACAUCAACAUAAUCCUUCAAAGUAUAAAGUGAGCUCAUAUGACACAAGCUCCACCUUAGCGGUUCUUCACAGUCCACACACACAAAGAUACACCAGAAGAGUGAUCAGACAUCCACAUCAACUCAUUUCAUUUCAGGUGAAAACUUUGCCAAGAAUGGAAAGCAGCAAGGUCAUGUCCACUGACAAAGCUACAGUUAUCAUCCAAGUAAAUCCACAGGUGACACAAGGUACUGUUAUUUGUGAUGAACAGCAGGCCAGAGGAGCUUAUCACAAUACUGCCCUUAAAGGAUUUUUCAAAGCACAACCAAAGGCACUAGGGACUGUCCAGAUAAUGAUUGGAGUGAUGGUUUUCCUAUUUGGUAUUGUACUCACCACCCAUCCCUACAAUCGCAUGAGCCCAACUAUUUUUAUCAUUUGUGGCAUCACCUACUGGGGAUCCCUUAUUUACAUCAGUGCUGGCUCUCUGUCUGUUGCGGCGCAGAAUAAACUUCAUCCGUGUGUGGUGAAAGCCUCUCUUGGAAUGAAUGUGAUCAGUGCCAUAACUGCAGCGAUCGCCAUUACUCUGAUGUCCAUAGAGAUACAUAUCAUUUCAUCGCCCUAUCCACGGUGCUACGAUCCUACUGACUCUGACAUUUGUUCAAAAUUUAAGAGCUAUGAUAUGGGGAUCACUGGAGUAUUGCUGGUGUUCUCCAUCCUUCAGUUUAUCAUCUCCAUCGUUAUCUCAGGAUUUGCCUGCAAAGCCACCUGCAACAACGACUCUACAGUGGUCAAUGUGGCACUAAACCAAGAAGAGAAAUAUCAGUUUUAUCAGUUCAAAAUCCAGUUUCUCAGCUACAACAUCAGUCAACAUGGCACCUUCAUGGACGAGAGGAAGGUGGAUACCAUCCGCAACUGCUCAACUCCCACCAUAUUUCAGUUCCAUCACCAGUCCACUAACCUCUCUGCUCCUUGGAAAGGACUGUUUCUGUCCUGGUCUCCUGCAGCCAUAGAGGCCUUUGAGAAGCUGAAGCAGGCCUUUAGCACAGCACCACACUUAGUCCAUUGUCAUCCUGACAAGCCCUUCACUGUUGAAAUGGAUGCCUCCACCACGAUAUUGUCACAGAAGAGGAGCAGCGCCAGAUGUCCAAUAUCAAAUCACCAAGUUAGUCCGGUGAAAACUUUGCCAAGAAUGGAAAGCAGCAAGGUCAUGUCCACUGACAAAGCUACAGUUAUCAUCCAAGUAAAUCCACAGGUGACACAAGGUACUGUUAUUUGUGAUGAACAGCAGGCCAGAGGAGCUUAUCACAAUACUGCCCUUAAAGGAUUUUUCAAAGCACAACCAAAGGCACUAGGGACUGUCCAGAUAAUGAUUGGAGUGGUGAUUUUCUUAUUUGGUAUUGUACACACCAGUAUCUAUACCUUUGAGACACCAAUUUUUAUAAUUAGUGGCAUCACCUGCUGGGGAUCCCUUAUUUACAUCAGUGCUGGCUCUCUGUCUGUUGCAGCGGAGAAUAAUCUUCAUCUGUGUGUGGUGAAAGCCUCUCUUGGAAUGAAUGUGAUCAGUGCCAUAACUGCAGCGAUCGCCAUUACUCUGAUGUCCAUAGAGAUACAUAUCAUUUCAUCGCCCUAUCCACGGUGCUACGAUCCUACUGACUCUGGCAUUUGUUCAAAAUUUAAGAGCUAUAAAAUGGGGGUCACUGGAGUAUUGCUGGUGUUCUCCAUCCUUCAGUUUAUCAUCUCCAUCUUUAUCUCAGGAUUUGCCUGCAAAGCCACCUGCAACAACGACUCUACAGUGGUCAGUGUGGCACUAAACCAGGUAAAUGAUUUUUAGUGGUGUAAUGACGCAAUUACUAUAAUUAUAUAAUUAAUGGCAGUAAGAUUUAUCCAAGCAUGUAUUUUAAUUUACAUUAAACAAGCCACAACCACAAUCAAAAAGCUAGCAGAAUGAAAAGGAAUUAUAAAGUGACCAUGGUCCACUGUAAACUAUAUUUAAUCUACUUCAUAAUAUAAUAAUAAUAAUAAUAAAAUAGUCGACUACUAUAUAACAAUAGUCUUCAAUAGUGUAGUUCAAUUUACAACUAACUAUCUUUAAACUUGUAUUGUUGAAAUGUAAUGAUGCUACAUAUAACAUAACUUAUUUACUCCUAAUUAAAAACAACAGCAUACUUUAUUGUAAACUACAGCCUUUUUCAUUCAACUAGACUGGUGAA